AUGAGGAAACUCCCCCCCUUAAAGCGGCAGAAGCGUUCGGAUGGAUCUCCAAAUGUUAACUCUGGUGGCAAGGCGUCGCAGAUCUCAGGCAAGCCGCCUUAUAAGACGUCGCGUAUUCAAUGCAAACCAUCGCGCGUGCAAGACAAGUCAUCUUCCAAGCUAUCGCGCAUCCAACGCAAACCGUCUUUCGAGGCGUCGCACGUUCAAGGCAAAUCACAUUCCGAGGGAUCGCGCGUCCAAUGCGAGCCGCCGUCCAAGGAAUCUUCAUUCCUAGUGGAGAUGGCCCACACACCCAUCGAGCCUGUCAAUAUUUCAGCCUGGCUGAGCACGAUGCAAUCGAUGAAGGAUGCACUGUCAGAAGAUGAGACCAAGCAGAUGGUCAUCGAAGUAGCCCAGGAUCCAGUGCUCGCUGCAUAUAGAGCUGAGCCCUGCCGGGAAGUUCAAGAGCUUCUCAGAGACGGCAUAAAGCUCUCCGACAUCCGUCUGUGCUGUGAUUCGCUCGAUACUGCAUACUUCAGCAGUCACGAUUGGGCAUGGAAGAAACACUGUCGCCUAUUGUGGCUACCAUGCAGUGGUGAUGAUCCGUGA